AUGUCAGACAGUCGCAUAGACUACCUGCCCCUCAGCACAGCGGGCCAGGACUCACCCACGCUCUCACGCAGCAGCAACGACGAGGCCAAACGGGAACACAAUAGCCACGAUCACGACGAUGAUGACGAGUACGAUGCUAUCCAUGCCACAGAAUCCCAGGGUCUCGUCAGCACGUCGUCAGACCGCGACUUUAUUGAGCACCAUCGUCAACAGAGACUACUUGAAGACGAGGAGAAUGAAGAUACAGGAUCAGGACUGACGUCAAGUAAGGAUCCCAAGGUAGCCGCCGCGGAAUGGGCCGUCAAGGUCCAGGCGUUCUCGUGUGCUGCUUUGCUGGGUGUCUCAACCCACUUUACGAUCCACAUGACCGGGCCUUUGAAAGAUGUCCUCAAAGAAGUGAGUUCUACACUCUCGCUCGUCUCUGUGUUCUACUUUGACUCGAAUAUGGAUAUCAACAACACACAGUUCUCACUGCUGCAGUCAUCGCUGACACUGUUUCCGACUUUGACGCCACUCAUUGGAGGGCUUUUGAUUGAGCGAUACGGGACAGGACCAAGCUCAAUUGUCUUUACAACGAUCGUCAUCGCUGGUCAGGCGAUAGUCAUCCUGGGCUGUUGGACCUAUUCCAUCAAGGUUAUGAUCCUUGGAUACUGUCUGUUCGGACUUGGCGCUGCGCCUAUUACAAUUAUUCAGGAGACGAUAUGGGUUCGAUACUUCAAGAAGGAUGGACUAGCUCUUGUUUUGGCAUUGGGACUGACCAGUGGCAAGCUGGCAGGGUUUCUGGCACUGGCGACAUCAGUGCCGCUGAGCACACUACCGCCGUUCGGGUUUGUCACGCCGUUUUUUGUGUCAUUGGUCAUCUCUGCGAUCGCAUGGGUGAUGAACAUUAUCUUUUUAACACUGCUGGAGAAGCCCAAGGAGGGCGCAGAUACGAUGACCAAGAUCACAAUCCUUUUGAAGGCCAAGCGGACUACUCUUGGCUGGAGAGAAGUCUAUGGAUUCUCGACCAUGUUCUGGACACUGUUGAUUAUAAGCUUUUUGGUCGGUGCCAGCUGGAAUCCUUUCAUGCACCAAUCCAGCAAUAUUGUGAAGCAUCGAUACGGACUGGAUGAUGAGCAAGCAGCAUGGCAGGCGUCGAUCAUAUUGGCGGUCCCGCUGAUCAUAUACCCCUUUCUCGGCACGUUCAUUGACCACGCCGGAAAACGCGCCUGGAUGCUCCUAAUCACAGCUGGGUUGUUGAUCGGGACCCAUGCACUCCUACUCAUCCCUUACAGCGCGAUCCCUAUUCCACCAACGGUUCCCAUGCUCCUCUUUGCACUCUCGCUCUCACUCGGAACAUUGUCGAUUGUGACCAGUAUGCCGGUCUUGACAAAACAUGUGCCCACAGGUCUCGGACUUCACAGAUCUAUCGACAACAUUGGAGCGACACUCUUCGGGACCGUCUCGGGGAUGAUGCAGGACUUUUCUGGUGUGAUUGGACCUGACGGAGAGACUGACACGGAGAACUUUUUUGAUCGACUGUACCACCAUUUCUUCCCUGUUCACGUGGACGAGGCUUUGCAGGAGAAAGAGGACACUCGACUGCUGGGUUUGUUCUUGGCAGUCGCGAUUCUGGCGUUUAUUGCUUGUUCAAUCUUUGUCUGGGGCGACUAUCACUGGACGGAUGGUGAGGGUGGCAAGACUGGACUGGUCAAUGGUGUCUAUGGCAAGACUCCAGCAGCGGAAUUGGCAAGGCAUAGGAGGAGAAGUCGCCGUCGGCGGGAGCAGAGGAACAGGCGAAGGAGUCAUGAGGUCCUCGAAGCAAUGACUCUGGAACCUAUCUUUGAGCUGGAUGACGAGCAGGACGCUGAAGAAGUGACCAUGACCGAAAUUGGUCCCCAUCACUCGAACUACCAACGCGAUCGGGACGAGCAGCACGAAAGUCACCUGUCCAAUCAACCACCAGCAACACUAGACAGUCGGACUCAUGAGUCAGAAAUCGACAGCCCAACUUCCGGACGAGGUUUUCUUCUUGGUGACGACUACCAGCAUCGGAGAGGCGGUGAGUUCUUGUCGACCCAUAGUGAGAGUGACGAUGAGGGCGACGAGGACUCCGAGGACGAGAAUGGUGAGCGACGAUUUGGAGUGCGGAUUGAGAGUGGCGAUGAUGAAGUGCCUCGCUGGAAGAAGACCCAGGCGCACUUCUGGAUCAUGGUCUGGUCUAUCCUCCUCCUCACCAGCUGGGUCGUCUUUGGCAUCGGCGUCGCCAAGUAG